AUGUUCAGCAGUUUCUUGGUUUGUCAUUUGAAACCCUUUUAUGUGUUGAUAUUUUUUUUUUCUGUUUGUCAGGUUUUUAAUGAUCCCAUUCACGGCCAUGUGGAGCUACACCCGCUUCUCAUCAAAAUCAUUGACACUCCUCAGUUUCAGCGACUUCGAAACAUCAAGCAACUUGGAGGCACAUAUUAUGUUUUUCCAGGCGCGUCCCAUAACCGCUUUGAACACAGCAUUGGGGUCGGGUACUUGGCUGGACGACUUGCUCAAGCUCUCAAUGACAGGCAACCAGAGCUCCUCAUCUCUCGCAGGGACAUUCUUUGUGUGGAAAUUGCUGGACUGUGCCAUGACCUGGGACACGGACCUUUCUCCCAUAUGUUUGACGGCAUGUUUAUCCCCAAAGCACGCCCAGGACUUAACUGGAAACACGAGGCCGCCUCUUUGAAAAUGUUUGACUACCUUGUGGAAGACAACGGCUUAAAGCCAGUCAUGGAGGAGCACGGACUGGUGCUCCCAGAGGACCUGGACUUCAUCAAGGAGCAGAUCGCAGGUCCGAUGGAGAGCAGUUUGGCGCGAGGAGAAAAGUGGCCAUACAAAGGCCGUACUAAAGACAAGUCCUUCCUCUAUGAGAUUGUUGCAAACAAAAGGAACGGCAUUGACGUGGAUAAGUGGGAUUAUUUUGCCAGGGACUGCUACCAUUUGGGCAUCCAGAACAACUUUGACUAUCAGCGCUUUCUAAAAUUUGCAAGGGUCAUUGAAGUGGACGGGCAGAAGCACAUCUGCACAAGAGACAAGGAGGUAGGCAAUCUGUACGACAUGUUCCACACUAGGAACUGUCUCCACAGGAGAGCUUACCAGCACAAAGUGGGCAACGUCAUUGAAACAAUGAUAACAGAAGCUUUUUUAAAAGCAGACCCACACAUCAAGAUCGCGGGCUCUCAGGGAAAAAUCUUCACUCUGUCCACAGCGAUCGAUGACAUGGUGGCCUACACCAAGUUAACGGAUAAUGUGUUUGAACAGAUCCUGAACUCCUCCUCUCCGGAGCUUGCAGAAGCGAGGCUGAUCCUUCACAAAAUCAUCUGUCGGCACCUCUACAAAUGUCUGGGGCAAACUCGGCCAGAUAAAGCCUUGACUGUCACUCAGGAAAUCAUUCAUGGAUGGGAGGCAGAUUUGGCUAAGGCCAUCCCUCAGAAUGGCUCCCAAGAUGCUGAUCUGAAGCCAGAGGAUUUUGUAGUCAGUGUGAGUAUUAUUAUUAUAUUUCUUUUCUUUUGAUUCAUUCAAAUUCAUAUUUC